AUGGCUCUUCGACUUGCUGCUCCCGCUUUCCGUUCUACCACCCGUCUCAUCGUACGUCAGCAACCCAUGGGUCUUGUGAAGAUUCAUUCCUCGGUUGCCUCCAGAGCCAAUGCGGCUGCUUCUACUCAGACGGUCGAUCGUCUCCAUGGUUCCUAUCAUUGGGAUUUCGAACGCGCUGUGAGUGCUGCCAUGGUCCCAUUGAUCGCUUCACAAUUCGCUUUUGGCGCUUCUCCUGUCACUGACACCCUCCUUGGUGUUGUUCUUCCUAUCCACAUCCACAUCGGCUUCGACGCUUGUAUCACCGAUUACUUCAACCAACGUAAAGCACCGGUGAUCGGAAGAUUGAUGACGGCUACUUUGUAUGCUGCUACUGCGGGCGUCUUGGUGGGAUGUUACCAAAUCAAUACACAUGAUGUUGGCAUGACCGAGAUGGUGUCUCGCCUUUGGACCGCUUAG